AUGAGCGGCCGAAAUCAACGUAAGACCAGGAAAUCUGUGAACAAUAUGGCGUUCGCGCACUAUGGCCAUCCAGUGAGCCGAUUGGCUCAGGACCCCAACCUACAUUUUGUUUCAAUUUUUCUUGAAUUGUGUCGCAUAGAUGAUGCCGAACGAAGUGAAAACGGUAGAAGUCACCCCAUGUUUUUGAUUUCGAAGGGCGAAGAUUCUUUAAGA